UAAUGCAAAUUCCUGGAGAUUUUGAAGCAUAGAUUAGAAUAGUCAAUGAACAAAUGUCCAUUGAUUAGCCUCAGAUGGAAUAGGAAACUGAGGAUAGGAAUAAAGAAUAGGAAGAGGAGUUGACUGAAGAGCAGAAGGAGAGAAGAAGAAAAAUAUUGGAAGUCCAAUUGGCCAAUAAAAGAUUAUUAUAUAGUAUACAUAAUAAGGACAUGGAAAUCUUUAGGGUUAAAAAAGAAAUUGAGGAUUAGAAAUAGCUAUUGGCUGAUCUCCAACAGCAAGAAUUAGAAUAUCAAUAGCAAUCAAAUGGUAUUUAUAUAUAGAGGAUAGAGAAUCUUAGACAAUUGUGAAAAGCAUGCCCUCAAUAAAUACAAUUAAACUUCAAAUGAACAAUUAUCUGUAUCUAAUAAGGAAUUGCAAAUCCUUAAUGAUUCUUAUCUAUCUCACAGAGCCUUAGUCUCAUAUGAUACCUACUUAAGAGGAACCCUUAGGGAGUAGGAUCGAAAGAUAUAUGAGUUGGAAUUGAAUAAUGCAGACAUUAGUGAGAUAUCGGCCAGAAUUGAAAAGAUAAAUAAAGAAUAUGAACGAAACAUUCAACCUCUUGUUGUUGGAGACUUUAAGACACAAAUAGAUGCGGACAUUAAAAGUUCAAAAAAUUAAAUAGAUGCUUUGAGGAACUAAUUUAAAGAAAUUGUAGAUGAUAUUGUUAAACUGCAUGAAAAACAUCUAGAUAACAUAGACAUGUAUUCAACCUUACAAAGAUAACUACAAGUAACUCUAUCAUAUAUAAUUCUUUUAGGAAUAACUAUUAGCUAAUGAGUAAUUAGACUAUGAAUUAAAUCAAUUAAAAAAGAGCAAAGAAUAAUGUUGA